GCAUUUCCUUUUUGUCGUGGUACCGCAUGCAUGGUAGCAACACUUCUUUCGCUUUUCUCAGUAUUUACUAAGACAAUGGCAGAUCCCAGGAAAGAACGUACAUUCAUCGCCGUGAAGCCUGACGGAGUACAAAGGGGACUUAUUGGUGAGAUCAUCAAGCGUUUUGAAGCCCGUGGUUACAAGUUAGUUGCAGGAAAAUUGUUGUGGGUAAGUUGAGAAAGGCUACCAAACUAGAGCCCUAUUCUCCUUUCUUUACUUUGUUAGUUUAGUAUGACCUGACCCCUGGCGAGGACAUAUCGAGAGAUGUUGAAUGUCUUAGGUUAACGUGUUUGAAAAUUUAAAAUAUUGUAUUAAUUAACGGACAGAGAGGUCGUUGGACACUGGAAAGAAAUGAGACACUCAUGAUUCACUUGUAUGAAAUCACAUAAUCUAAAAUGCUUUUAAGACUUAGUGUUGGAUGUUGAACUAAUUAACUUGAACCUUCACCUUGAGUGCCUUGUCUGGUGGUGUUCACCUCUGUAUGAAGAAAAAUUCUUUUGAGAUACUAUGACAUGAUGAUGCAGUCAUGAUAAUUAAAAUUGGAACUUAAAUUAAAAUUAGUAAUAUAUGUCACUUGAUGGCAUAUAUUAUUGGCAGUGUCUACACGUCCGGCGCGGGACGUCUAUCUCCCGCACUAUGUGUCCGGCGACCAAGUCACAUGACCGCCGUAACAAAGUGGCGAGAGAUAUCUUGUCGGUCAGCCUUGUCACGUGACUGCGAAUAAUUAAAAACUAUUGUUAAUUUUAAAAUCUAUUUCUCUACCAAGUAAUGUACUGAGUAUCUUGAAUGCAAAUAAUAGAAAAAAAAAAACUUAAGUGAAAGUGGCUUGUAAACAUUUUUGUUUAGUUUGUUAUUUGAGUUUGUGUACCAGUAAUACAUAAAAUAAAUUAGGGGCCAGUGUGGAGUAGGCGUAGGCAACCAAUAAAAGUUAAAGUAAAAGAUUUCAUUUUAAAUUAUUUCAAUUGCUACAAAAUAUGUAAAAACUUCUCAUGAAACUACUGUUGCUGAGGAACAUGUUAAUAUAAAUAUAUACAAAAUAUUUUUAAUUAAAAUGGGUAGAAAAAAAAAAAGACCCUCUCCCCGGUAUAGAUCCUCAAACCUUCCUAUCGUCAAGCAACCACUCUACCACAAGACCACACAAGAUGUACUAAACUUUACUUUGUUUCGAAUUAUAAAAACUACUAGUCGUCCGGCCAUGUCCGGCGGUCACGUGACAAGCCGCCGGACGUAUAUCUUGCGCACUACAUGUCCGGCGCGCCGGACGUGUAGACACUUCAUAUAUUAUUAUAUUAACUAAUUUAGGUAGGUAACCUCUACUAUAUCUCUAUGGGUUUAAUCACUUUACUUUCUUUAGGUUCAAAACAGCAUUCUUAAAUUUAACUAGUUGAUUACUUAUUUAAACAUUUGAUUCAGAGUUGUUAUAAUUAAUUAAACUUAUUCUUAGGAUAUGGGCCUAGACUUAGGGGCAAAAUGUGUAUUUAACGGCAUAAGUUUUGCCAAGAGUUUGUCUCAUCAAAAGCAGUGUCACUAACAGUGCAGGAAUCCCAACACUGGAUUUAGGGUGAUGGACCACCAGUUGGACCUGAAACGAUGAGAAUGAUAACUUUCCCGUUCUUGAAUGAGCAUUGUUUACGUCAAAAACUUAAUCACUCCUAUGAUCAUUAAAGUUACGAAGUGUCUACGUGUCCGGUGACAGGACAAUUAUUUAUAGAGAUAUAUGUCCACCGACCUAGUCACAUGAACGCCGGAAGAAUACUUUAUCAAGAUAUUCGUACGGCGACCAAGUCACAUGACCGCCGUAACAAAGUGGCGCGAGAUAUUUGUCUGUCAGCCUUGUCAUGGGACCGCGGCCACUAUAUUGGUGGCCUCGCCUACUUCUCAUGCAAUACUAAAUACAACUUUAUGGACAUAGGUCUUUUGAAGUCUGCUGGUCUUAUUUUAUUUGGUUCAUAUUUUAAAUUUAGGCUUCAAUGUAGAGCUUUACAAGUUGUUCAACCAAGAUAAGGUAAUUUUUUCUUUUAAGAGUCGGAAUCAAAGUGUAACAGACCAUGUUUUCACAAGAAGUUUCCACGCUUUGUUGAGUGAUCAGGGCAGUACAUUGAAGAUUGUAGCUAAGUGAGGACGUGUUUUCCUGAGAGGUGGAAUAUUAUAUAUAUAUAUAUAUACAUAUGUGAAACAAUUACAUUGUGGAUGUUAUUAACUGGAUAUUCAUGCAAGGAUUCUUCUUAAUAUUGUUAUUGUAAAAGUACUGUGAGUUUAAUUGGAAUUUAAUAUACUUCUUUGUGUUACUGAAAAAGUGAGUGAAUGAGUGGAAGAAGUAUUACUCUACUCAAGCCGGCAUCCUGAAUUAUUAAUAUAGAAGCAGUUAACCAUGUUACUGACACAACACCCUAAUAAUUAGUAUGUCAGAGCAUGUGUUACACAAAGUCAAACACUUUAUGUAUCACAGAGCAUAUGAAUAUAUUAACAUGUUCAGUAUUUAUUUAUUAUCUAGGGAUCGGCUGACUAAUAUAUUUAUCGGUACACAAUAUUGGAAUAUCAUAUGCAAUGCAAAUAUUUUGCCGGCGUCCACUUGUGACUUGUCACAUGACCUGCCGGAAUAAUACCUACUAGUUAUCCGGCGGUCACAUGACAUGUCUGCCACCAGAAUAAUAUCUUCCAUUUGUUGUCCGGCGGGGCGGUCACGUGCCCGUCAGAAGAAUAUCUCCCACUAGUCGUCCUGCGGUCACAUGACAUGGCCACCGAACAUAUAUCUCCUGCACUAUUUGUCAGGUCGCCGGACGUGUACACACUGCCUUAAAGUUAAUGUGAUAUAAGUUAAAAUGAAAUUUUCCAAUAUUGUUUUACUUUUACAAUACCAUAAUUGUUUUCAGAUUGUAAAAACUGUCGCAUUCAGAUAGUUGUGAAUUUUAUGUUUUUAAAAAAAUGUGGGAAUCAUGGCGAUGCAUUUAUCUUCUAAUGAAAUCAUGUAACCCUAGUUUUAAUACUCUGACUUAACAUGCAUACAUUUUUAUUUGUUGGCUGGUUGUUUUUAACUUUUAAUUUUUUAUUCCUUUGAAGGCAUCCAAAGACCAUUUGAGAAACCACUACAAAGAUUUAGCUGAUAAACCUUUCUUCAAUGGCUUGGUUGAUUACAUGAGUUCAGGACCCUUGUUUGCCAUGGUAAAAUAUUGUAAUAGUUAUACUUGUCUCUGGCAGUUUUCAUCCAUUUUGAUUUCAGGAUAUAGGUCUACUAGAAGUAAUUAUGUUCUCCAACACCGCUCUAUUAAAUAUAUUGCCUAUAUAGGCUGUUUCUAUGUGUGUAGCUAGUCAUUUUCGUCCCCAAUUUCCCAUCCAUUUUUUGGUGAAAUGCACACUAAUAACUUUUUUUAAUCCUUUAUAUUAACUUUGGUUUGUGUGAUUCUGACUGGGUGACAAAAUCUUGGGUCCUGCUAAUAGAUAUACUUCUCUCGUCAAUCUAUCAAGCAAAAACUUGUCACAUAGGCUUGGUGCCAAAGACAACACAUUCUAUAUAAUUUUCAGCUCCACCCACCAACCCCCAAAAAUAUUUUUUGUUUUCCUGUUUUUCAAGGCAGACGAUAAAGGAAGUAUGAAGCCACUGAUUUCAGAAAUAAAAUAACAGAUUACUGCACUAAAUGAGAUUCUUUUACGCAUUUGCGUAAUAUUUACUCUUUUGUUUUUCUGAAAUAGUUGUUGCAAUAAAUCUUCUGUGUAAAAGUGGGUAUUAAGAAUAUUAAAAUAAAAUAAUAUAAAUGCAUAUUGAAUAAAGGAUUUACGCAAAACACUUCGUUUUUUUGGGGGGUUGUUUAAUUUACCUUUAAUUUAGAAAUAUUCGAUAUCAAAACUGAUGAGCUGUGACAGUCUGUUGAAUGCCAGAUAAGCAUUGAUAUUCUUGAGCAAGAUUAAACCUUAGGUUUUGUAUUUGACAAAUGGUCUGCAAGUUUAAAUUAACCAGUUAAAUUUGAUGUCUGUUCACAGGUCUGGGAGGGAAAAGAGGUUGUGAAAAUGGGCAGACAGAUGCUUGGUGCUACCAAUCCUUUGGCUUCUAUGCCAGGUACCAUUCGUGGUGACUAUGGUAUUGAUGUUGGUCGGUAAGUGAUGUAACAUGUUUCUUUGAAAUUUCCAUAUUGAUUAUCUCAAUAAUUUGAAAUGAAAUUAUUUAACUCAUUCUCGACGGUUGUACUGAAUGCGUCCUAGUGUGAUUUCGCCGGAUGCAUCUAAAUGUGACACACCUCUUCCAUUUUUAGUUAAAAAUAGCAAUUAAAUCUCACGUCCCUCGAGACUUCCGGAUAUGACGUGAUUCUGCAUGAUUUUAAUUGUUUCACUUUAAAUCUGUGUGUUCUAGUAUAGCGCGUCUAUAUCUAGUAUGUGUUUGUCCGAGGUGCCAAAAUCUUUUUUUUUUUUUUUUUUGCCUUUGUUCUUUGUUUUUCCCAGCGAAUUUUAAAAUUAUUUAUUAACUCAUUUUUUUUUGCAUUCGUCCUUAAGUCAUUAAAAUUUUUUAAUGUUUAGCUGCUUAAAAAUUAUUUUAUCUAGUAUGUGUUUGUCCGAGGUGCCAAAAUCUUUUUUUUUUUUUUGCCAUUGUUCAUUGUUUUUCGCAGCGAAUUUUAAAAUUAGUUAUUAACUCAUUUUUUGAUGCAUUCGUCCUUAAGUCAUUAAAAUUUAUUAAUGUUUAGCUGCUUAAAAAAUAUUUUUAAAAUGUAUAUCAAUUUCAAAACUGAGUUACUUCCCUUUUCUCAGGAAUAUAAAUUAAGUACAGAAGUCGCACUGCCGUAGGGAAUGAGUUAAAAUGUUUCUGCUAAAUAGACUCCUCACUUUUUAAAAAUUUAAAAUAUGUUAUUUGACUCUUCCACUUCACACACAAAUAAAAUUAGUUAUAAAGCUAUUGUGUGAGCAACUCUUCUGCUGCUGGGAGUACUUUUUUUCUUUUUUACAAAAGCAGUUCAGUAACCCUUGACUUCAUGAACCAUUUUCUUCCACUUCCAGCAACAUUUGCCAUGGCAGUGAUGCGGUUGAAACAGCCAACAGAGAAAUUGCCUUGUGGUUUAAGCCAGAAGAACUAAGUGACUACGAGUAUGCCAACAAGCCCUGGAUAUAUGAAUAGACUACUUUAGUCAGUGUCAAAUACUCCACACAUGUUUCCUACAGCUUGUUAGGCUUAAUUUAUUUCUGCAGUUUAUGUCCUUGUACAUGAUUUGAUUCCAGUUACUUAACUUUACUUACCUCCCUUUGAAAAUGACUAACUCAAGAUCCUCACUCACAAGUAUAGCAUCAUUUUUGUAAGCUCAAAAUACCUGCUGCUCAAAUCUGAUAAUUAUUACUAAGGACCAAAAUUUUAAUUUGAUGGAAAGAAAUUAGUGUUGAUGUCAUGUCUUUAUUUAUAUCUUUUUCUGUGUCUGUUGUUGUAAACUAAUAAAGUAAGGGUAACUUUCAUAAUGACUUGAUUUCUCUCUUACUGUAUGUUUGUGAAAGUAGGACUUUGUAGGUAUUGAUUUAUGUAAAAUGAUAGGUCACAGUGUUAGACAUUGAUUGCAUAACCUUUGGCAUAGAAAAGUUCAUUUAAUUUGUUUGCCAUCAUAGUUGGUAGUCAUUGGAAGUUUGCUGGAAUAUUCAAUUGCAGGUCCAUGUUAAAGUUAUUUACAUAACUGAUACAGGUAUAUUCUAGUGUUACAGCUUCUAAUAAGUGAUCAGGUUAUUAUUGUAAGGUACUUACACUAUGCUAGUUGUACUUAGUUAUAGCAAAGAUCACAUCCUGGCUCGUCCCAACAUGGGUUCUAAUCUGUUCGCACGAAGUCAUUUGAAUGUAUUUUAUAAAUCACUAAGAAAGUUGUUUUUUUUAGUUAUGCACUGCUGGUCGUCGGCUAGGUGUAAUUUGAUAAACCAUUUUUUAAAAUAUUUUUCUAAGGUACUUCAGUAUUAAAAUUGAAAUUUUU